AUGUUAUCCAUUGAACAGAGUUUCUCGAGACUUUUUAGGCCUUGGGACGCGAGUGACAGCAAGAAAAACGACCAAGCUGAUAUAACCUGUGAUAAAACCACAAAAAUAGACGUAGAAACAAAAGCUAUCAAGAAAAGAAUUGAUGACUGCAAGCGCGAAAAUAGAUUGCGAAAAAUUCGAGGUACUUUCAAGAAGUUUGAAACUAACAAAGCAGAAGUCCAUCAAGAUGCUACCGUAUCCACCACGACUGAGGAAGCUGACGAUAAAAAACCUGACCUACGCGGCUUGUCUCCAACUAUGACGACACAUGGUGAAUCACCAGUUGCCAGUUUAACCAUGUGCUGCGACAGGCUUCUUCAGGAUCCUAAAAAAAGCGUUCGUAAUCCCCAAAUCAAGCCAAAGAUAUUGGACAUGGAAACCUUUCCUACCAAUACUGGAGUUUACGCACCGAAUCUUCAAUCACAAAAUGUAAUGCCCCAUCCAAACAUGUAUCCGUUUCUACCAGAAUACUUACCGACUGCGGAUAUUGCUCAAGCAUUCGGUGUACCACCAACAGAUCCUCUACUUCUAGAAUCUCUAGCGCAAGGCUACGCAAUGGAACUAGAAUACGCUAGAAUACUUCAACAAGAGAACGAAGCGAAACUUCUAAAUGCAAGAAAACAACGGCCCAAAAAGUACAAAUGCCCGCACUGCAAUGUUGGUUUUUCCAAUAAUGGACAACUCAAGGGACAUAUUAGAAUUCAUACUGGUGAAAGGCCUUAUAAAUGUGAUGAGAAAAAUUGUGGCAAGACAUUUACAAGGAAUGAAGAAUUAACUAGACAUAAGAGGAUACAUUCUGGGGUGAGACCGUACCCUUGCCCGACGUGCGGGAAAAAGUUUGGAAGAAGGGAUCACCUCAAGAAACAUACAAGAACACAUUAUUUGCAAGCUGAAAGAAUGAUGCCUGUUUUCGUUCCACUAUCAGCCGUGCCUCAUGUUAGUGGAUUUCCUUAUUUAUAUGGAUAUUGAAACUAAAAUUGUUACUUUUUGGACUUUAAAGUAUUGUACCUAGAACCAGGGAAAUCAUCGAUUCCAAUUGAUAAAGAAUAGUUUGUUAAAUGCCAAG